ACUUGCUGCUGCGUGGCCGUGGCCACGUCGCCGGGCGCGCCCGGUUCACUGUCCGGCCGCCGUGCGCGUGCGUGUCCACGUCGCCCACCCAAACGCCCAAACCCAACCCAAUCCGAGGACCAACGCACGCGCGCGCGGCGCAGAUCAGCCAGCGUGAGCACAAGCCACCGGCGCCACUCGUUCACGUUCAGCCGUUCCGUCUCCACACCGGGCGCCAUGGACGCGGCCGUGUCCCUGCACCACCACGGGGCGCUGCCCUCCGCCGCCGCCGCCUCCCUCCCGCCCCACCACCGCGCGCUCCACCUCAGGCACCCGCCCCCGGCCUCCUCCAUCUCCGCGCGCCUGACCGUUCCCGCGCCGCCCCGCCGCUCCUCCUCGUCGUCAGCGUCGGCCUCCGCCGCUCCGCCGGCGCACCCGGCGCGUGCCGGCACGAGAAUCACCACCACCAGCAGCCGCGCCGCCACGGGCUACGCGGCCGCGCUAGCCGACGCGUCCCUCCGCGCGGGCACGCUGCCGGGGGCCGCCCGCCACGCGCGCGCCCUGCUCCGGCGCCUGAGGGAGCCGCCCCGCGGGCAGCGCCUGGAGGAGCCUGACGCGCGGGUGGGCGCGCUGGUGCGGCUGCUCGUCGGCAAGGGCAAGGCCGCCAUGGUCGCGGACGUCAUGGCCGAGUUCGCCGCCCUCUGCGACCACCUGCUCGCCCCGCCGCCGCCGUCCUCGACCUCGACCAGGAGCAAGCGCGCCCACGGCCCCGCCCACUACGACUAGCGCUUGACGCGCGUACGUGCCAUGCUAUCUUUUCGGUUCGUACUACUUCAGAGGAUUGUUGGCUGGUGCAUGCACAUGCACGUACGUACCGCCGGUGUCCAUCUGCUUGCUAUAGUAUUGUGAUUGUGUAAUUGAUGACUGUGAGCACUUUCCAUGCGCGUACGCGUCACA